GGGAGGAGACUUGCACAGUGGUAACCUUUUCAGCUGACUAUGCUACGAUGUUUAAAAAUACCUUGACAACUAAGCAGGAUAGCGGUGACUUUUCAGGUUUGACCUACCAAUUUGCCUUUAUUUCUUGUGACACCCAAUACGUUUAAACGAUGGAUAUGUAGGCUUUUGAGUUGGUUUUAUUUUCAUACAGAUGAGAAAGUGAAAGAGAGAAAAGAGGAAUGUCUUACCAAAAAUAACAAGGAACUGUAUGGAGCAGACACUGUCUAUAUGAGGAUGAACAGAGCUACACUAUUCUGACUGCAAAUAUACAGUAGUGGCUGACUAACAUGGCUGACUAACCACCUGCCACGGACUCUUCAUGGAUAAUAGAGGAAAACAACAAAGGAAACACAAAAUAAAACCUCAUUAAUUAUCAACAAAGACAUUAAACAUCCAGAAAUAAUAACCCACCAUCACUUUGACUUCCAGUGCAUGUGGCCCUGAAAUAGUCCUAAGAGAGGAGGUGGGGAACACAUAGGCCUACCACUAUGCACUGUAAACAGAGAGGCUGGGACUGUGGAGGUGUCGGGAGAACCAGGCCUCCAGGCAGAACUAUCCCCCUGGUGCUGGGUGUUCUGGUGGCUCUGGUCCAGGGCACUGUACCUGGGGGACCGGUAAUGGAGGGCCUGGGGGAGAUGGUGUUGGUGGACCUGGAAGCCUCCAUGCACUCCUCUGUCCUCUCUGACUUGAAUGCUGCAGCCUCUGUCACACAGGGACCUUCCAUGGGUAUCCCAGAAUCCCUGGCUGCGGUCACAGAGGUGGCUCCCGUAGGCAUCCCAGACUCUUCAGCGGUGGUGGGCCAGGGGUUCCAGUUGAGGAUUCCACCCAGGUUGACGAAUGGCAGUUGUAAUGUUCAGUUAACUGAGGUGGGAAAGGACAGCUUACCCUCCUGGCUGCACUGGGACACUGGGAGCUGCAUCCUACAAGGCCUAGCCCUGGAGCAGGACAAAGGUGUCCACCAUAUCUCCCGCUCUGAGAUAAACAGUGGCCAUGGCCUGGAGGCCUUCUCUAUUGAGGUGCACCUAGAAGGGCGAGCCAACACUGAGCCGGCCCUGUUGGCCCUCCAGGCUGAGAGCAACAACCUCCAGUCCUUCAUCUGUGGCAACGAGGAGCCCAUCACUGUCCUCACUAUCAUCUUGGAUGCUGACCUCACCAAGAUGGACGCCCAGCAGAGGGUAGGCCUGCUGGCUAGCAUGAAGAAGUUUUCCGGUGUCCCUCUGGAGCACAUGAGGGUGGUCCCCGUCGUCAACAACCGCCUGUUCGACAUGUCCGCCUUCAUGGCCGGGCCUGGAAAUGCCAAGAAGGUGGUGGAGAAUGGGGCCCUGUUGUCGUGGAAGCUUGGCUGUGCCCUUGACCAGUCCAACAUUCCGAAUAUCAACAGCGUCCAAUCACCUGCCAAAGACGGGUCCAUGUCGUCCAAGUUAGGCUACCCAGUGGUGGGCUGGCACAUCGUCAACAAGAAGCCCCACUUGGUGAAACGGGUCAGGAGGCAGCUGGGAAACACCCCCACUCCUGUGCCCUCCCUUCUCCCCCCAACCACUCAUCCCGAGCCCCCUACUCGUAUCAUUCCCACCCCCACAUCCCCUUCCAUCUCCCUAGCCACUGACAGCUCUGCCCCCCCUGUCCGUGGCCCCUUGCCCUUGCCGGUGAAGCCCACUAUCAGGCUAAGAGAUCAGAUAGCCCACACUCCUACUAUAGGGGUUCCUCAGCCCACUAGGAUCCUGGGCACCACCAGUACCAUCCUUAUACAGCCUACUAUGACCCAGCCUGCUAUUCCAGAGGCUACUGCUCUGCCCACCCCACCAAGCACCACUAGAAGGCCCAAGAUUUCCACCACCAAGAAAACCAAGAAGCCCAAGAUCUCCACUCCAGCGCCUAAGGAACCUAAAACCACGACUAAGCCACCCAGACACACCACCCAUCUGUCUCCGGUUCCUGACUACAACAAUGAGAAGCCCCAGCUACGCAAUCCCAUCGACGAGGUGAACGCCUGGGUCGGGACUUACUUUGAGGUGAAGAUUCCUCCAGAUACCUUCUUCGACAAAGAGGACGGCACCACAGACAAGCUGCGUCUGACUCUGAGGAAGAACCACAACGAGGCGGUGAGCGAGACCUCCUGGAUCCAGUUCAACAGCACCAUCCAGCUCCUUUACGGUCUCCCAGAGAAAGAACACAUGGGCAAACAUGAGUACUUCAUGCUGGCCACCGACAAGGCAGGCAUGAGCACCAUAGACGCCUUUGAGGUCCAUGUCAACCAUUUGUCAGUCAACGACAAACCGUCUGUCGUUUUUGCUGCCCGUUUCUACGGCGAACCCAAUACACUGACCAACGACAUCCACAAGAAGAUCCUCCUGACUAAGAAGUUGGCGUAUGCACUGGGCGACCGGAACACCAGCACAUUGACCCUGCGGAGCAUCACUAAGGGCUCCAUUGUGGUGGAGUGGACCAACAACAGCCUCCAGCAGAGUCCCUGUCCCAAGGACCAGAUCACCAUCCUCAGCAGAAAGAUCUCCGACCCCCAGGGCAGGCCAACUCUGGCCUUCUCCAAUGCCAUGGAGCCAGACUUCAAACCCAUCAAUAUCUCUGUUCGCGGCACCAACAAGUGCCAUACCUACACGUUUGUGCCCCCAGGAGAGGUGAUUAUCCCUGUUCCCCCUCCAGCGACUCCUUCCCCUGGCACGGGUCGUAGCACCAGUGACGAUGUCUACCUGCACACGGUUAUCCCGGCUGUGGUGGUGGCGGCACUACUGCUGAUCGCCGGCGUCAUCGCAAUGGUCUGCUACCGCAAGAAGCGCAAGGGCAAGAUGACCAUUGAGGAGCAGGCCACCUUUAUCAAGAAAGGCGUGCCCAUUAUCUUUGCAGAUGAGUUAGAGGACUCCAAGUCCCCCCCGUCCUCCAGUAUUCCCCUAAUCCUGCAGGAGGAGAAGCCGCCCCUGCCCCCUCCGGAGUACCCCAACAUGGCUGGCCCUCACAGUACCCUGCUUAACCAGGAUCUCCUGGAGUACUCCAUCUACCAGGAUGAGGACCCCAAUGCACCCCCCUAUCAGCCCCCUCCACCCUUCACUGUCCCCAUUGAGGGGAAAGGGUCUCGCCCCAAGAACAUGACAUCAUACAGGUCGCCACCACCCUACGUUCCUCCAUAACGCUCUCAAAAGCCUUGGCUUUGGGAUGGAUGAGAGCAGUUGUUUGUAUGAAAACAAUUUACGUAGGGAUUUUACACACGUACUGUAGAUUAAGAUGGCUUCGACAUGGACGGAGUAGGCGACCACACCUGUAUAAGUGACCACUAUGAAAACAUACUGUAUAAGUCUACUACUGGCACAGGAAAACUGUACAGAGACAGUUUGAAACUCCAGCACUCUUUCUUUUGUUGUCCAUCAUAGUUGUGCUUUCGAAUCUUGCUUAAUAAUCUUUUUUAAAAUCUGUUCUUGCCAAGAAUAAUCAUUUUUAUCUUUGAAGAUGUACUGUUUCUAUUGUAUAGAAAAUAAUGAAAAUGCGGAAGAGACUGGAGGCUGCAGAGGCCUUGGAUCAAAUGUCACCAUGACAACAUACUAGGAGGCUAUCAUUCACAAAGUGAAUCUUUAUACAAAUUACAGUGUAUUGCUUUUAUCUUUCUUUGAGCUAGAUCUACUAAGAUUUUGCAUCUGUUAUUUUUAGAAGGGAGUCUAAGACAAAAAGGCGAACUAAAACCAUGUUUUAUUUACGUCAUAAUUGUACAUUUAUAUUAUUCUCUUAAUUUCUAGCCACGUUUCCAUCCACAGUUUUUCUCAGAGUAAAGUCAAUCUGUAUAAAUAAAAUAAAAAAAAUCAUGGCAGCUGUGAUCGAAACAGGUAGUUUCGGUACAAUUUUAUAAAUCAUAUCGAAGUUAACUUGGAGUCACACAAUGAUAUGGUGUGUGUGUGUGUGUGUGUGUGUGUGUGUGUGUGUGUGUGUGUGUGUGUGUGUGGUCCAUGCAAUUUAUUAGGCUACAGAUUAAAUAAUUUAUGACGAAUUUCACAGGAUGGUGAAAGUGCAUGGUGAUCUUGAUGCUCUUUUCUAAUAAAUAUUGAGGGUCUUAUUCUGAUGACAAUGAUGAUCGAUGCUUGACUGCCAUUUGACAAAAAUAUUCUCGCACUUAUCCAUAAUAAUCCCAUCAUGUAGACUAGCCUACCCGCACAGCAUACCCGCAUUGUAUCUGUACCCAUACUGUACCAAGGUACAUAUGCUAUUUAACAGUUUGUGACAAAAUUAUUGGUAGAGUUCAAAAUACGAUGGAAACACAUUGAAUUUAAGCGAAAAAGUACAUUUUGUGUGCACUUUCUACAUCACACACAGACUUUUAUCCUCAACAAGUUAGUUUGGUGGAAAAACACCACUGAUGUGAAAAUGCUCUUGUUUAAUGCCGAUUUAUUUAUUUUUUCUUUUGAUUUGCAUGAAAAUCUAUCUCCAAUUGGAUGGAAACUUAGCUUAUGUUACCAUUUGUUUCUCCUUGUAGGUUGUAUCCCCUCUUGAAAAUGACAGGUGUAAGACACCUAGUAAAACUAGCCCUUUGUGUCUUGCAGAACUAAACAUUUGUAACUGGUAGCCUAAAAAGGACAUGAUUCAAAAAAAUGUUUUCUUUAACAAAUCAUGUGACUGAAAUAUUCUCUGCUAUACAGGUACUUGAUCAACAAGUAAAUCAUAGACUCAUAGUGAGUGACCCACACUUGUUCUUAAUGUAAUGGGAUUACAAAACAGGAGUAAUAAUGACAUUAUAUUCAGUGUAUUAACUUGCCGCUGAUCUCGUCCCUGAAACGGAAAGAUCACUGAGUAGGCUAGCUGACUUUGAUUAUUCCGGGGUUGCCAAGGUAGUGACAAAGCAAAGCAUGGCUCGUGUGGGCCCAUAAUGCUGGGUCAAUGAGAUGCUGUGACUAGAUAAUAGAGAGAACUGACGGAAGUAAAGAAUUAGGCUACUAGAUUGAUCAACUGUUUGUUGCUGUUGUUGAUGCAAGUUUUGGGGAACAGGUCUCCUUGGACCAGAGAGAUAUACUACAAAGCAGGAUCAAUGAGUAGGCUAGCUAACUUUGAUUAAAAAAAAAAUAUAUAUAUAUAUAUUAUAUCGAUUUUCUGGUUCAUCAAGAAAGCUAAACAUAGACAUGUGUUUUUGGUUGUUGAGUCAUUUAGACCAUGCCCAUUUCAAGCUUAUCUUUCCAAAAAAAGAAUAUGUUAGCUGGCUAACUCAUUGAUCCUGCUUUGUAGUAUUUCACCCCCCCGGUCUCUUGCUAAAGAGAUUUAAUCACAAUGAGAGACUAACCUUCAUUAAGUAAAUGAAAUAAGAAAAUUGAGGGGGAACGUACUGUAAUAUCACUGCUCUCUGCCUCUAUGCUGCUGCACUGUAUCGUUAGUGUUCUGCCUCUGUCAUUAUCAGUUGAGACGAGGCAUGGGGACAAGUAUAUGUACAUAAUGGUGUGCCUAUGAAACUGAAGAUCUCCAAAAUGUUAGUGUUUUAUCAGUAGAGUUGGUUAGGGAGGGUGGGUGGGUGGAAAUCAUUUUAUAUUUUGUUUGUCUAGAUUUAUGAUCACGCUUUCAUAAAACAAAAACAACUUUAAUAGUUUGUGGGGGAAGGGAGACACAUUUUUUUUUUUUUUUACUUUUCCAUCACUGAAAAUAUUGCAUCCUGUAAAGAAUACGAUGGGGGAUGAAAACAAGUGAAUACUGUAUGUUUCAUAUCUUAUAUCACCAUAAGGAACAAUGGUUGAAAAAAUCUAAUGUUUUUACAGAUUUUUGAUACAGUCUCAAAUUUGUUUUAUGAAAAUAUAUUAAUAAAGUAUAUUAAUAAAUAUAUUAAUAUAUUAAUAAAGAUGAACUACUAUU